CGACUGAAAGAAAGGAAAGGUUUGGGACAAAGCCGAAGAAGAAAACCCGUAUAUAAUCACAGAAACAUCUGACCUUGUUAGCAACCUUGUUUUCGUAUUUGAAUCCGAGCUGGGUUGUUCAGGCAGUAAGUGGUUGUAGUAUUUGUACUUUCUUGUUUUCCUGUAGUUGUUGUAUUCGGUUUGGUAUCCUUUCAAAGGUAGGCUUAUCGCCGAGGACAAACCAACCGAGAUUUCAAUCUCAAAAAUGUUGUCGAGUAACCUAUAAUUUAUGAGGACUAUAUAGAGAAUGAGCAAAGUUGGGUAGCGAAAAAUGUAAUAAAUUAAAAUAAACGGGGAAGAACAAGGAAGAAAAAAAUAUUUACCAUUUUUGAGUUUCUUUCUUGGUUAAGUCUCGGUUCUUAGGGUUCCUUGCAUCACUCGCGUGCUCCCAGGAACAAGAAGAAGAAAAGAAAACAAUUGACAUUUAGAGGUAAAGAUUGGAAAUGAGUUCUGAAAUGUUGCAAGCUGCUAAGGUGUAUCGCCAUCUUCUCAAAGCUGUUGGGAAACAUAUUGGCAAGGAAGACUAUAAGAGGCAUUUCAGGGAAUAUAUAACACAGGAGUUUCGGAAGAACAUCAACUUGUCUGAUCCUUCAUCUAUACAACAAAAGAUUAGACUUGCCUAUGAUUAUACUUUUCUUAUUAACAGUGUGCACCAUCAUAAGGACUUAUUGUUCUCUUACAACAUUGCUGUUGAUAGAUCAGAUGAAAUGAAAAGAGUACUCGGGAAAUCUGCUGCCAGUGUUGGCCUUCGUCUUCCUGAGCCUUACCAGCCUUGAUGGUCAGUAGGUGUCGAGCGCCUUAACAUAUUCACUUUGAAGUCAAUUUUACUUCCUGUGUAGCCCAUAAUACUGUAUUGGAAAUCUGAUUAGAGUCAAUCCCUAUUUGUUUAUAGGUCUAGUUUCUUUGCUGUCAACCAAAUGGAACCAGUGUUUUGGUUGAUCCAUUUUCAUUUUCUUCAAAGUAUGUUUACUGCUGUUGCCUGAACCAGUUGCUGGCCGAAAUAUUUGCCGCACUAAUAAAAUUAUGGUUGCUUGAA